GCUUCGGUGGGCGGGGCUUUCCGUGGCUCCUCCUCCUCAGACGGAGGACGCCUGGUCAGUCAGUCAGUCAGUGAGUGUAGUCAGUCAGUGAGCGUCCUCCUCCUCCUCAGGGAUGGCGCUGCUCUUCCUGUUCCUCCCGCGGGGCGCAGGCCCAGCGGCAUGACAGCCGGGGCGAGCCACGGCGGGGCCCCUCCGGCCCCUUCUUCUUCUUCUGCUGCUGCUCCUUCUUCUUGGGCCUCGUGGCGGGGAAGGCGCGGGCGGGCGCUGCUGGCCGUGGGGCUCAACCUGCUGGCGCUGCUCUUCUCCGCCACCGCCUUCGGCACCACCCACUGGUGCGAGGGCACCCAGCGCGUGCCCAAGCCCACCUGCGGGCCCCUCAUGCGCACCAACUGCCUCGACUACGGGUACCGGGAGGAGGAGGAGGAGGAAGGGGCGGGGGGGCGUCUCCCGGGCAACGGCAGCGGCGCCAACAACGCCUCCGCCCCCCGCCCCCACGACAGCGUGGUCCACUACAGCUGGGAGACCGGCGACGACCGCUUCCUCUUCCGGUACUUCCACGCCGGGAUCUGGUAUUCCUGCGAGGAGAACAUCAACGACCCUGGUGAGAAAUGCCGGAGCUUCAUCGACCUUGCGCCUGCAUCUGAGAAAGGGGUGCUGUGGCUGUCAGUGGUCUCGGAGGUGCUCUACAUUGUUCUCCUGGUGGUGGGUUUUAGCCUCAUGUGCCUGGAGCUCCUCCACUCCAACAAUGUCAUCGACGGACUCAAGCUCAACGCAUUUGCGGCUGUCUUCACUGUCCUCUCCGGGCUGCUGGGGAUGGUGGCCCACAUGAUGUACACACAGGUCUUCCAGGUGACGGUCAGCCUGGGGCCGGAGGACUGGCGCCCACACUCCUGGGACUACGGCUGGUCCUUCUGCCUGGCCUGGGGCUCAUUCACCUGCUGCAUGGCGGCCUCCGUCACCACCCUAAACUCCUACACCAAAACCGUCAUUGAGUUCCGGCACAAGCGCAAAGUCUUUGAGCAGGGCUUCCCUGAGGAGCCCCCAUUCGCCCCUGACCACCAGCCCCUCAAGUACUUCCAUGGAAGGAAUGCGCACCACUCAGCUGUGACCCUGCAGAGCAAUGCCAGCGGUCCCCGGAGACCUCCCCCGAUCCUUUCUGGGGGCUCCUCCACCAACACAGCGGCCUCCUCCCCCCCUUCCUCUCCUUCAAUGCCCUCUGAGGCCAGCAGCCGGCUAUCCUCCUCCUCCUCUUCACCGGAAGCAGCCGUUUCCUCAGGAGCCCCAAACACAGCCACCAAGGGGCCCAGGGUCACGCCCCCCCUGCAUCCAGGGAUGGCGAGGCCCACACUCCAGGCGGUUGCUCCCCCCAGACCCCACCUGGCCUUCCAGGCAGCCACUCUACCCAGUCAUGGUGGCCAUGGCUCGGGAGCCCUGCCCAAAUGCCUCGGAGGCACUCCCCACCUGGAAGGCUCUGCCAAGAGAACAGAGAAGCACCUGGGACUGAGGACAGAAGAGGGAGAUCUGAAGAGGGGCCUUGUUACCCGUAAGGAGUUCUUGGCAGUGGAGCGAGAGCUGGCGGAGGUGCGGGAGGAGCUGCGGUGCCUGCGCUGGAAGGUGCGCCACGUUGGGGAGGCAGGCCAGCUGCAGCCGCAGCAACCGCAGGCACCCUGUUUGGAGGAAAGCAAGCGCUACAACGGCCACACGCUGCGGGAGCUGAGGGCCAUGGUCCGGUCAGAGGGGGAUCCCUAUAGAGCCGCCCACAAGGUCCUCCUGGCCCUCUUCAGCGACGUCUGUCUGCGUCAGACGCCCCAUAACCGGCACUGGGGCCCCAACACCCGGCCCCGUCCUGACCCAGGGGAACUCUAUGCUGUCUACUGCCACCUGCUGCGGAGCGCCUUCUCCAGCCCCAAGGAGAGGGCCCAGUCCUUCUAGAGCCCCCUCUGCCUCCCCCACAGAUGAACAAAGCAUGGGCUCCUGCCUCACCAGACUGGCUUGCCACCUGCAGCCUUUUGUAGGGAACAGCCCCCUCCAAAUACAGCACUGUUGUCUUUGUCUUUCUA